UGGUCAAUGAAUGCGUGUGACGUCAGAUCAACGCGGCCAUACGAACAUCGCUGUUUGAUGUGUAGGUAGAGCGCGAGUACGACCGACAACCGUGGCUAGGCAGCUGGCAGUUGCGGCCGCGUUUCGACCGCGCUCGGUCUUUAUCAAACCUCGCAAAUCUAUCGAUCCGUAUUAAUCAUAAUGUUUUAACAAAACACAGUGUAAACGUUAACCGGCGUGCGUUCUCAAAAGUAUCGCCGACUCACAAGUUAUCCAUGCUCAGUAUUGUAAUAAGCUUAAAGUUUUCAUUGACAACAUAAGCUUCUAAAUUUCGCAAGACAGGAACACACUGUGAAAGUUUUUAGGUUUGAAGUUAGUUACUUUUUGAUACUUUUGCGAACAAAAUUAUUUCAGCCUACAAAUCAUCAUGAAAGAUAAAAAAAUAAGUGAUGGCGCCCACGAAUCCAUGCUCACAGACGACCUCAAGCCGACGAUCACAAGUAAGGACACCAGCAAAGAGGACGAGUACGAAGCCUUGCAGAGCUUCCUCCGCAGCAUCAGUUCCACAGCCACCUUACCACCCUACGUGAAAGGAGAGACUUACUCUUCGGUCCGAGGAGUUUUCAAUCAGUGCCUAAUAACAUGUGCGGUGCUAAUCCUGGCGGCUGGUGCCGGUCACCCGAUAGGCUUCUCGGCCGUGGCUCUGCCGCAACUGCGAACUGAAAACACCACCAUGAAAAUCAACGAUGACAUGGGAUCUUGGAUAGCCAGUAUCCACUCUGCGGCUACCCCGCUCGGGUCCAUGCUGUCUGGGCCGAUCAUGGAGGCCAUAGGGCGGCGGCGGACGCUGCAGGCCUGCGUGCUGCCCCUUAUCAUCGGCUGGGUCAUCAUAGGCACGGCCGCACACCAUGCCGUGUUGCUGCUAGGCCGGAUAGCUUGCGGGUUCGCAGUCGGCAUCAUGGCCGCGCCAUCGCAGGUGUACUUGGGAGAAAUUUCGGAACCGCGUCUACGAGGUCUUCUAAUAGGUACUCCAUUCGUGGCGUACUCCUUGGGUGUACUGUACGUCUACGCAUUGGGUGGAGCGUUACCAUGGCGGACUGUCGCCUUCCUAUCCAUACUACUGCCGGUGCUAGCCUUCAUAGCGCUCUGCUUCUCACCCGAGAGCCCCACUUGGCUAGCUCGCCGAGGUCGCUUCCACGAUGCUAUGGCAGCCAUGUCCAGACUCCGUGGUAACCCUGAAAUUGCACAGAGAGAGCUCCACGAACUGAUAUCGGCCCGGGAAAAAGAGAAGGCACGAGGUGAAGAGCGCCUCAGGUUCCUAGCGACGGUUCGACGUGCGCCCGUCAUGAAGCCCCUUCUUCUCAUCAACGCAUUCAACCUGCUGCAAAUCCUAUCCGGGAGCUACGUGGUCAUAUUCUACGCCGUCGACAUAGUGCGCGAUUCUGGCGGUUCACUACAACCUCACAUGGCAGCCAACGCUAGUGCCUUAGUCAGACUUGCGGUAACAGUUAUAGCCUGCAUAAUGCUUCUGAAAAUCACGCGACGUGCGCUGGUAUUGAUAUCGGGCGCCGGCACCGCCUUCUGCACGCUCGUUCUUGCCUUCAUUCUGUCGCAGGGCCAGGGCUCCGGAUUCCUACCACCCACCCUCAUUCUCGCCUACGUCGCCUUCAACACACUGGGCUUCUUCCUGCUCCCCGGCCUUAUGAUAGGUGAACUCCUUCCCACCAAAGUGCGAGGUCUCUGCGGAGGUUACAUAUUCUGUAUUUUCAACACAGUCCUCUUCGGAUUCACCAAAUUGUAUCCAGUGAUGAAGAACGCCAUCGGCAUGGCGGGAGUGUUUGGCAUGUUCGGUUUGUCGGCUGCCCUCGCCACUGUUGUCCUCUUCUUGAUGCUGCCCGAAACUAAAGGCAAAUCGCUUUUGCAAAUAGAACAGUAUUACCAAAAGUCCAAUAUAUUGUGGGUGACGCGUAAGAAAAACACAGGAGAAAUAAACGCUUUGUAAGACAGUCACAUGUAUAUUUAAGGUACUUACUUAUUUAUAAAAUCGUGAAGCGAGUUAUUAAUUUCAAUUGGUAAUUAUUAAGUAAAAAUUACAAACUGUUAAAACGUGUUUACGCUUUCUGUUUUUGCAUAAUUUUUGGUCGGAAGGCAAACAUGCAUACAGCAUGCUGAUGGUAAGCGGUUACAGUGACCUAUGGACGCCUGCGACACCAAAGUAUAAGGAGAUCUGACCGACCGAAACCAAUGCGAUGUGGUUUUUAAAAGACUGCGGAAAUGAAAGUUUUUAGCAAUACAUGAAAGCCAGUGGUACCAAGGAAUUCGCUACGAUUAAAUCACAAACUGUGGUGGUAUCUAUGUAACUUAAUCUUAUUACUUACCACCAGGUUGCCAAUACUGUCGUCUACUUGGUAAUAAAUAUUAUUAUGCAGUGUUAUGUAUACUAUUAACGGCAUCUGUAAAUAAUCUAAUAUACUUAACCUACCACAAAAAAGUAAGUCUGGCGUUAAAUACAACUUGAAGAAAACGUCAUAUAAUAAUAGCAAAGGAUUUUGUAUGUGUUAUAAAAAACUUUGUUAAACCGUUAAACUAAGAAAAGAAAGGGUUUAGUUUUAUUCUAGGUAGCUUAACCACACCCUAAACUCUGAUUUUAUUGUACCUACUUAAUAUGCAUAGUAUUGAUAUCCUAUUUCGGCCUGGUAGCAAAAAAAGACAAAAUGCGCCAAGUUAAAACCUAUCAUCGUAUCAGGGAAAUUUUGCCGAACAUGACAAUAUUUGUUCUG